CUUGUGCUGAUUGGUCUUUUCCUUGAUUGUCAUGCAUACCGUCCAUUUGCUGCCGUCGUCAUUCCUGGGCUUGUUUUAACAGAUUGUGUCCAGUUGGAGGUCAAUACUGGAACCAGCUGGAGUGGAAUAGGGACUUUUUAAGGAUGUCCCGACAACAACUGGCCGUGCAGCGGGCCAGGAAGUCCUUCCAGACGGGAAAAACCAAACCUCUGGAAAGCAGGAUCCACCAGCUGAGGAACCUGCUCCGCUUCGUUACAGAGAGACGGAAGGACAUAGCAGAGGCUGUCAAGAAGGACCUCAGCAAGAGUGAACAUGGGACGGAGCUAUUUGAGACACUGGGAGUGGUGGGUGAGAUCAAGCUCGCUAUCGAGAAGCUAGCCGAGUGGGCAGCUCCUCGGCCAGUGGAGAAGAGCCUCCUCACCAUAUCGGAUGAGGUCUUCGUGCAUCCCGAGCCCCUUGGAGUGGUCCUCAUCAUUGGUGCUUGGAACUAUCCCUGGGCUGUCACCCUGCAGCCGCUGGUCGGAGCUAUUGCUGCCGGUAAUGCAGCUGUAAUAAAACCAUCUGAGGUCUGCUGUCACUCUGCUAAGGUCAUGGAGGAGCUCCUCCCUCGGUAUCUGGACAAGGACCUGUACCCGGUAGUGACCGGUGGAGUGCCAGAAACCCAGGAGCUGCUCAGGCAGAGAUUUGACCACAUUUUCUACACGGGCAGCAGCGCAGUAGGCAAACUGGUGAUGGAAGCUGCAGCUCGCAACCUCACCCCAGUCACCCUGGAGCUGGGAGGGAAGAGCCCCUGCUACAUCGACAAGAACUGUGACAUCACUGUUGCGUGCCGUCGCAUCACGUGGGGAAAGUUUGUCAACUGUGGACAGACGUGUAUCGCUCCGGACUAUGUCCUGUGUGAACCCUCCAUCCAGAGCAGAGUACAGGAGGAGAUCAAGAACUGCAUCAAGGAGUUUUACACAGAUGAUCCAAAGACUUUUGAGGACUACGGACGAAUCAUCAACAAGCGGCAUUUUAAGAGAAUCAUGGCUCUCAUGGAGGGCAGCACAGUUGUUGUUGGUGGAGACUCUGAUGAAUCCCAGUGCUAUAUAGCUCCCACUGUGCUGAAGAACGUUACAGGCGAAUCCAAAGUGAUGAAGGAGGAGAUCUUCGGGCCACUGCUGCCCAUCAUCACAGUGAGCGGUGUGGAUGAGGCCAUCCAGUUUAUUAACGAGAGAGAGAAGCCGCUGGUCAUCUAUGUCUUCUCCAAUGAGAACAAGCUGAUCAAAAGAGUAAUAGCUGAGACAUCCAGUGGAGCUCUGCUGGCUAAUGACUGUCUGGUUCACUUCACUGUCAGCUCGCUGCCCUUUGGAGGAGUUGGUCACAGUGGUAUGGGAUGCUACCACGGUCGCUACGGCUUUGACCAGCUGAGCCACAUGCGCAGCUGCCUAAUCAAACAGCUGAAGAUGGAAGGAGUGAACAGCAUGCGUUACCCCCCACACACUGCCAAGAAACUGGGCUGGGCUCGGUUCUUUCUGCUCAAGCAGAUCAAUUUGGGCAGGCUGCGUCGCAUGAUGCUGCUGGCUAUGUUUGUGGGCGUGGCAUCGUUUGUGGUGCAGAGGUUCCUGCGAUGAAGCAGGUAGAUGGCGCUGUGCCGGCGCUGAGGCGAUCCCGGGACAGCCACAUGGACUAAUCACAGCACUGCGGAUGUUUCAUGCUCCAUGAUAUUUCACUGAUAUUUGUUUUUCUUCUGUUAUUGUUGCAUCUCCUUUCUGUUACACGUUUAGCUACACUUUGAGUUUAAUUCUUCAGUAUUCACUCUGGUAGAUAUUGAAAAUACAAACCUGUCUGUGAUGCUGUGAUUCUUUUAAGAAUAAAAACGAAAUCACUGUUAACUCCUGCUUUAGAGGUAAGCCAGCAAGAUGCCAGCUCUCCGUGUUAAUGUCUGUUCUGCCUGCUGUUGAACAUCAAUAAAAAGUUCAUAGUCAG